ACGAUGGCCUCGCAGGGGAGCAUGCAAGAUCGCAAUAGUCUUGAGAAGUACAUUCGUCAGUUGGCGAUGAAGGCCGCACAGAUCAUUGUGCAAUCACGGUUGGGAGAGAAAAUCGCCACAGAAAGUAAUCCUAACUCCACGUCAUCCGAUUGGUUCAACAUCUCCAUCACUGAUCAGCAAUCCAUCCUAGAUGUACUGGUUGAGACGAAGAAAGUUCUGCAAGAUGGUGGCCAACAUGAAUCGAUCGUCACGCGACUGCCAUUGUGCGUAGAAAUUUCACUACAAACCGCCGAAGGCGGUAGUAUGAUAUUGGAGUUUUGGACGCUAAGCAUCAGAACGGACCAAACGAACGCACCUCAGCGAGCCAACCAGGUGAUCUACAAUCGUAUGAGCUUGCUGCUAAAGUCACUGCUAUCGGUCACACGAGUAACACCAGCCUAUCGAGUUUCGCGUAUGAAACGCACGGAUUCGUACGACAUCUACUACCGGAUCUAUAAAGGCGAGCCCCAAACUAAUCUACUGGGGGAUGGUUACAACCAGGUUCGCGUCGGACAGUUGUGCACACAAAUCGGAACGCUAAACAUGGCAGUGGCCUACCGGACGAAGAUUACGUUCUCACCAACGCAAACCGGACGCGACAACACGAUCAUGAUGAAGAGCGAUCACUUCCUGAAGGAUAUCAGCCCAAAGCACGUACGCUACAACUACAACAAGAAAGUGGAGAAAAAGGUUAUCGAUUUGGACAAACCGAUGCGCUGCGGUGCCUUCGUCGAUGCUUCGCGCGUUAAAAAGCACACCGAGGACGAUUACACACUGCCCGAAACGCCACCGUUCAGUUGGCUGCUACCGAAACCACGCGACGAAAGCACGUACCGUGACUGUGGCGGUGAAGACCGGGUGUCCCUCAACUCGCCCACCAACGUGGACGAGAACUGCUCCAACAACGCGAACAAUCUCAACAACAACACCAGCAAAGGAUCGUACGAAUCCAACAGUGCCGCCGGUCCGAUGCAUUUCCGGUUGUCACAGUCGCCAAAGAGCGGACCCGAAUCGAUCGGCGGUGGUGCAAUACCAGUGCCGGGUGCAACCGUAGCAAUCCCCGCCACCGGUGGAACAUCACCUCCGAGCUCGCUCGGUGCUGGUGGCGAAUUCCGGCGCUCCUCACGAUGGUCGAUUCGGCGCGAUCCGUCCGAGAGCGAUCGAAUGCUGAAGGAGCUACAGUUUGCGUUUGCCGAAACGACGGCCCAAGGUGAGCUGGCGAAGUUUUUGCGCGAGUGUUCCAAUGCGCCGACGUUGCAAGAGUUCGACAUGAUGCGUUCGAGCGGUGCGGACACGAUUACGGAGGAAGAAAAUAUGGACGGUAGCAGGAUACUGACGGAAGCCGAUACGUGCCCGGACAGUGGAGAGGAAGAUGAUGUACUAAAUGACCUCACCCGCCAGCUGGAGCGGUUCGAAACAUCCCUGCCGGAGUACGAAUAUCUGGUGUCCUCCCUUUGUCAGUCGAUCGACAGCAAUUCGAAUAGCUAA